AUGGGGUACUACAGUCACCGCGGCGAGGAGGAGAGCCUGCUCGGACGCCGCCGAGAUCACGGCUCGAAGCAGCAACGGUCCCGAAAAUGGUCGGUGGUGACCAUGGCUGCCCUGUUGGGCAUGCUCUUCCUGUCGGCUGUGUACUUUGUGCCUGGGUCUGAGUACGAACCCUCGUAUUCCACAACAGAGUUGUCCGGAGCGCGGCCUGACCUGCCGGUUUCUUCUCCUGUUUCUAGAUCGAAGAGAACGUCGCGAAGUGGCGAGGCUUGCAAUACUGUUAACGGUGGUUAUCAAUGCAACCCUGAGGUCUCGCACCGCUGGGGCCAGUAUUCGCCUUAUUUCUCUCUUGCUGAGGAGUCUGCUAUCUCCGAUGAGGUACCCGAUGACUGUCGCAUCACCUUUGUUCAGGUGCUCUCCCGCCAUGGCGCUCGGUACCCGACGGCAUCGAAGAGUGAGAAGUAUGGAGCUCUUAUCGACAAGAUCCAAGCCAAUGCUACGGCUUUCAAGGGCAAGACGAAAUUCCUUCGCUCGUACAACUACACUCUUGGCAGCGAUGAUCUGACGCCGUUUGGCGAGCGUCAGAUGGUCGGGUCGGGGUUGAAGUUCUACCAGCGCUAUGCGGAGUUGACCAAGCAAGCUGUGCCCUUCAUUCGUUCUUCUGAUUCAUCGCGGGUCGUGGAAUCAGGAAUCAAGUUCAUCAACGGCUUCCAAUAUGCAAAGUCCAAAGACCAAGAAGCCAACCACCGACAGUCGGCUCCCAAAAUCAGCGUCCUCAUCUCUGAAGAGCCCGGCUUCAAUAACAGUCUAAACCACAACACCUGCACAAAUCUCGAGAACAGCACACUGGGCGAUGAAGCCUCUGACGAAUUCAUUUCCGUCUUUGCCCCAGCAAUUCGCACGCGCCUCGAAGCCAACAUCCCAGGCAUCGAACUCUCUGACAAGGAAGUCGUCUACCUGAUGGACAUGUGCCCCUUCGACACAGUCUCCCAAUCAACAGUCGGAACCAAAAACUCCCCAUUCUGCAACCUCUUCACUGAAGAAGAAUGGACCAAAUACAACUAUCUCCAAUCCUUAGACAAGUACUACAGCUACGGAGCUGGCAACCCCCUGGGCCCAGCCCAAGGCAUCGGCUUCGCAAACGAGCUGAUCGCCCGUCUCACACACAGCCCUGUCCACGAUGACACAAGCACAAACCAUACCCUCGACGCACCCGGUGCAGCAACAUUUCCACUGAACUACACCAUGUACGCAGAUUUCACGCAUGAUAAUGGCAUGAUCCCCAUCUUCUUCGCGUUGGGAUUGUACAACAGCACCGCUACGCUCCCACGCUCGCAUGUUCAGUCGCCUGCAAAGGCCGAUGGAUACUCGGCUGCCUGGCUCGUGCCAUUCGCUGCGCGCGCAUACAUCGAGAUGAUGCAGUGUCAUUCCGAUCCGAACUCCGAGCCUUUCGUGCGGGCUCUUGUCAAUGACCGUGUUGUACCAUUGCAUGGGUGCGAUGUGGAUGAGCUUGGGCGUUGUCGUCGGAGCGAUUUCGUGAAAGGUCUAGAUUUUGUGCGCUCCGGUGGAAAUUGGGGCCAGUGCUUUGUUUAG